AUGCAGCGUCCACCAAGCCCAAUAUCCAUGUAUACCGGCUCGCCGAGCGCGAAAGGCAAGAACAAGCGCGCAAUAGACGAAAGCCUCCUAGCUACCGGCCGUCCUCAACAACCAUCCAUGAUCGACAAUAAUGCGCCCCGCAUCCUCCGCCGCUAUCAACACCGCCGUCGCAAUGUCGCUACUGAGGUAUGGAGCCCCGAAAUACCUUCUACAACCUCACCCCGAGCCUUCGCCGAUGCACCAGCUCCAAAAAAGCCUUUCAGCGUCUAUAAGGCUAUCCUUCGACACCCGAACCUCUUCUUCCAGUUUGCGCUCCGCCUUCCUUACCCUUCCAUCAUCGACCUUUAUGCCAUCGACAAAGAGUUUCAUUAUCGCUUAAACCUAUACAGUGUCUCCCUGAUACACGACUAUGCUCGUUACCAUGCGCCGCUCGCAGGUUACAUAUUCAGCUGGGUGCUGUAUCCACGACUAUGCAUUUCAGACCCUAUGCUCAGACCCAUGGACGGACGAGAGUGGCUCGCGCGCGAUGUACCAGGUUUUCGCUGGGUGGGCAUGAUACUCUGGCGCCAAAAGAUUGUACGCAGUAUUCUCACAAUACUAGGUUUGGAAGGUCAUCGCGUACCGGCCAGCUGCGAGGGUGCGCUGAUGAAGUUCUGGGGUCUCAUGGAGUUGAACACUACGAAACUGCGCCUUUCCUUCCUCGAGGACGGGGAUAUCUGGACAAACAUCGAUAUUAUCAACAUCCAGCUCUUCUUCGUCAAGCUCGACAUGCGCUUUUCCGACCCGAUUCUUGGGAAUGGCGUCUGUCAGCUAGGAUCGCUGCUGCUUGGCCAGAGAAGUUUGGAAACGCUGUGGAAAGUGCUGAGCGGAAAGUUGAAGUUGGACUACGACAACACGAGCGACAUCGUCGUGAAGACGUACCUCAACGAAGAUCUUGACGUCGAAGCACAUCCCUGGCUCGAAGACGAAGGCGAUACUGGCGUUCCAGAGGAGCUGUGGGGUCUGCUGAGUCUUGAAGGCUGGCAUGAGGACGGCAUACAAAUGAUGCAUGCUAUAGAUAUGGUCAUCACUGAGGGAGUGAGAAGAGGGCUCAAUGUGCAGCAGCACUACCUAGACUUUGUCCUUUAUGGAUGGGUAGAUGAGAAAACUGGGGAGAAUGUCCCGAUCCCAAGGCAGUUGAGAAGGGAUAAGAAGGUGAUAGUGCCAAGCAAAGGCUGGCCGUCAAAAGAAUUGAGACGGAAUACGAUCGAGAAGUUGGACGUGCGCUUUGGGUUGAGGCAAGGAGAUGAUGGCAAUGCGAUGGACCUAAGCAUUUGA